UUUGCUUGCGAGCCUGCCGCUGAGAGAUGUGAACUGUCGGGACGGCUCGCUUUUGAAUUUGUCCUCCCUUUUGUCCAAUUCGCGAUCGAAGGGGAGCCGCAUCUUAGUAAGCCCAGCGGCAUCGCGUCCAUCCCGGUGGCGUCUCGACCGGGAAGCGCGGCGCUCCGUUUUGGGGCCGUGCGUGCGAUGAUGGAGGACUUUGACGAAAUCUACGAGGAAGAGGAGGAGGAAGAAGAAGACGAGGACAGGGCCGCGGAGGAACAGCUCCUCAAGUACGCUCCGGAUCCGGUGGUGGUGCGAGGCUCCGGACACGUCACAGUAUUUGGACUUAGCAACAAAUUUGAAUCCGAAUUUCCUUCAGCACUUACAGGGAAGGUUGCACCUGAGGAGUUCAAAGCGAGUAUCAACCGUGUGAACAGCUGUCUAAAGAAGACGCUACCGGUGAACGUACGAUGGCUCCUGUGCGGCUGCCUGUGCUGUUGCUGCACGCUCGGCUUUAGUCUGUGGCCUGUCAUUUGUCUCAGCAAGCGGACAAGAAGAUCUAUAGAGAAACUUCUAGAGUGGGAGAACCGUAGACUCUACCACAAGCUAUGUUUGCAUUGGCGACUGAACAAAAGAAAGUGUGAAUCCAACAACAUGAUGGAGUAUGUAAUCUUAAUAGAAUUCCUACCGAAGAUCCCCAUCUUCAGACCCGACUAGCCGAUUGGAUCUUGACAACCGUCGCCGUCCGAGCUGCCGACGAACUUUCCUCCAGAAUCACUCGAACGUUUUUUUUUGUUUACAAGGCGACAUCGGCCCUCUUGAAUUCUUUUCUGGGCAACUUCUGGCGCCGAGGUCUUCUCUUUCUUUGCCUUUUGUUUACAAGGCCAGCAUCCUAACGAGUGAAUUCAGGUCAGCCAGCAAGCUCCCGUAUGAUGCCGAUCUGGUGGCGGUGUGGGUUUCAGGCCCGGCGCUGGAAAAUGAGACCCUUACGUGUUUCCGGACUGGAGCAGAGCGCGGUGGCGGGAACACUGUUCAAAGCUCGGCUAGCGUCGACCCACCAAAUACACCCCAGUGCUUUUGGAAAAGUGGAGAGGAAGCUUCAAAUGUGUAGCAGGACAUUGCAGACAUCCUUCUGGUCGCCUUUCAUCACUUUAGCACACUUCACUGUGCAUCGCCUGAACCCAGAGACAAUCAUACAGUCGUGACUGCACUCCACAUUGGGACAAAAUAUGCCCUGCCUGGAGUUGCCCUGGCAACAAGGACAUAGGCGAUAAAGAGAUGGCUAUUUUUUUUUUUUUAAAUACCUUUUUUGUCAAAGCAAUGUUGUGGAAAACUUUGUGACAUCACAUCACAGAUCUAGUUUUUCCCUGAAAGUCAAGCCUUCUGUUUGUUUUUUCAAUUCCUGUUUUGCCAAACACGUCUUUAUGUUUUAUCUUUUUUUCAUUUGUAAUUGUAUGAAAUGUUUGCAGUAGGGCGAAACCUCCAAAGUCAAACAGUGGUCAAAUUAUUAUUUUUUUUUUUUCUUUUCUACACGCUCCGCUGUUGUGCAAGUGUAAAGGCAGGGUAACUGUAAAAGAAAGCUAAAAUCAAGUCAAACAACUCACCCUAAGUUCACAGACAAAGAGUACAUACUUACUGCAGGACGUGACGCCAAAUCUGAUCUUUUUAUCUAGUCGCAUUACAAAACCAAAUGCAACUUCUCUUCCAAGUGUCUAUGGAGGUUACUAAGUACAUUUUGGCAAAACAACUGACAUGUUUUUGCCUCAAAACACUUGUGGAGAUUUGUCAAAAUGCCAAUUCUACAUUUCAAUGUAUUUUUUUGACUUUGGAACGUUGGACUGCUUUUUAGUGUUUCAUCAACUGUAAAAGCACAUUAUGGAUGUGGUCCUUCAUUGGGCUUCUUGUUACUUUCGGUUUUUGGUUUACAGCUGUGAAUGUGGCCCUGAUAAAAAAUAUUUAAAAAAAACAAGAGAUUUAUUUAUUUUACUUUUUUAAGUAGCCAAUUACAAAAUGUGGCGAUAAGAUCAUUGUUUGCAACUAAGUGUAGAUUGCCACAGAUGUCAUGGGCUUACCUUUCAUUGUUUUUCAUCAGAUUUUACAAAUGUCCAAUUUUAACGAUCAUCGCUUCGUCGUUCACGUUUAGUAAGACUUCCUGCCGAACCACAUUCUGUGAUGAGGUACUGCUAUCAAGGUUUGCUUUUUGCAAGAUUUGUAAGGAUGGGCAUUUGACUCCUCUUCCUAGAAUAUGAGCAAAAUUAACAUUAUUGGGAAAAAAGAAACCCAAUAAUGUGAUUGUAUUAGUCAACAUUUAAUUCCACAUAGUAGACAUGGUUAGUUUAAUAUUUCAAUGCCCAUCCCUACUUGGAACUAAGCAGUGUGCGGAUGUGGGUCACACUCAGGGGAUUAUCAUUGAUCAUUAACAAAAAUGUAGCACAGUCAGGGUAUUCUCUAUGGUUAUACCACAGUACUUGAAUAUUUGUUUUAUAGUGUAUUACCCCGCCCCUCUUCCCCUCCCCUUCCAGCUAUUCCUCUUUCAUGAAAGAAGUAAACACAUACAACCACAUUGUAUUGUCUUAUAGCUAUCGCACAUUCAUUGCCUGGUCACAUGUUACAAGGCCAUGAGCUACCUAUAAAUCUGACUGUCGUAUUUUUGGGUUUGUAAUAGGCAGAUAUUUGUGCAGCGUGGACACAUGAUGGUGUAGUAUGCAAAUAUUCUUUGACUGAUCUCAGACUGUGAUUUUGAACUGCGCAGAGGUUUCCUAUGAUUUUGUGUCGCGUGUGCACGAGCAAACGCACGCGUGUGUGCGUGUGUCUUAUGGGGAGAAAUGUAUAUAUGACCCAUAUGCCGAUAUGUGUACGGUAAUAAAUGACCAGGAAAACA